UUCAUCAUUCUCAGAGUCUGUGUUCCACAGCGUUUGUUAUCAUGGCCAGGACCAAGCAGACAGCGCGCAAGUCGACCGGAGGGAAAGCUCCCCGCAAGCAGCUGGCGACCAAAGCUGCCCGCAAGAGCGCUCCAGCCACGGGCGGCGUGAAGAAGCCCCAUCGCUACAGGCCCGGCACUGUGGCUCUGCGGGAGAUCCGCCGCUACCAGAAAUCCACCGAGCUGCUGAUCCGCAAACUGCCCUUCCAGCGCCUGGUGCGGGAGAUCGCUCAGGACUUCAAGACCGACCUGCGCUUCCAGAGCUCGGCCGUCAUGGCCCUGCAGGAGGCCAGUGAGGCUUACCUGGUGGGGCUCUUUGAGGACACCAACCUGUGCGCCAUCCACGCCAAGCGGGUCACCAUCAUGCCCAAAGACAUCCAGCUGGCGCGCCGUAUCCGAGCAGAGGGCUGCAUGAUUAUUUUAGAUGAGGAAUCAGUACCUUGGCGCUGGUGCACAAGAGGAGAUGGUGGCUCAAUGUUAUAUCAUUAUGAGAUUGCGGGGACCUCCUUCUAUGGAGGGGCUAGUUUUCUGAUUUGCAUGGAGACAAUGGUCAAUAAGCAUCCACUGCAACAGGUGAUUAUCAAUCUAUGCUCAACUGCUCGUUUUCCUGACAACAUGAAACUUGGUGGGAAUGUCAGUGGUGAGGAGGAUUCCAAGAGGCUUCAAAGCAAUUUAGACAAGUUGAUUGAGUGGGUCAUUGUCGAUUUUGCUGUGAAGAUGUCAGCCUGUGUUACUUGA